AUGGUCAUCGUUAACGACUUCGAGGCCAUUGAGAAACUGUUCUCGAAGGAUGAGCUUCUUUGUCGUUCGAAGGAGUGGCGCCUGUAUGGUCUUUCCGUAGGAUAUCCAAUGUCAUUGGAAGGAGACGAAUGGGUCGAAAAUCGCAGGUUCUGCCUCCAAGCGCUCAGGGAUAUCGGCUUCGCCAGACCGUCAGUACAGAACGACAUUUUGGAUGAGUGUCAUCGUCUCAUCGAGUGCAUAGCAGAAUCGGAUGGUCAACCAAUCGCCAUCGAAGACCUCAUUUUGCCCAGCGUCUCGAACAACGCCGUGGCGCCCGUCUUUGGAGAGAGCUAUCCGUUCGACCACCCGAAGCGCAAGUGGCUGGACGACACGCUGAGGAAGCUCGCCGUGGCCGUCAACACGACCCGCCGGAUCACGCCCCUGGGCUUUCUCAAAGGUCCAUUCCUGAAUACGCUGGCGUUUCCUGGAAGACGCGACAUCGAGAAGCACUUUCGAGCUCUGGGAGACUUCACAAGAACGGAAAUCGACGCUAGAAGACGUUCCGUCAAAUUACCAUCGUCAAAGACGCUUAUCGACGCAUACUUGACGAAGAUGGCACAGCACGAAAAUGACCCUCAAUCUAAAAUGAGUGUGGAGAACCUGAUGAGCACGGCAAUCGGCUUCUUCCAGGCCGGAUCGGCGGGCGUCCCCACGUACAUGAACUGGCACAUGAUUAACUUCGCUCUUCGAGCCGACACGCUGCAGGCGCAGGUGCAGGCUGAGAUCGAUCGUGUGGUGGGCUCGCUCAGGCGUCCCACGUGGGAAGACAGGACUAGAAUGCCCCUCACCAUGGACUGUCGUGUGGGAGAUGCUGCGCUGGAAGGCCAUCACCCCGCUUAG